AUGGCAUCUCCUAAUCCAUACUUACCCUUAAUAAAACGUGGAAUAACAACCGCAAGUGAAGGCAGCUUGUCAUCAUUUCCAUCAGACUCUCUUGCUAAUAGAUUUCAUGGAUACGAACUCUAUGUGACCGGUGUAAUAGCCAUCUAUUUUUAUGAUUUAAUUAUACACGCUAAAAAAGAUUGGUCUUGGUAUUUAAGAAAGAAAUGGAUCGCCCCUGAUUUGGCGUUUUUCAUUCUCGACAAGAUAAACACACUAUUCUACUGUGCGGUCAUUCUAUUUUUCCUACAUUACGCACAUCACACUCCAUCAACUUGCGAAUCCACGGAAAUUAUUUCAACAUGUUUUUACGCAUUAGGCAUCUGCCUUCAAUGUUUAGAAUUGCUCUCGAUUCUCCGGUCGUAUUACUCCAACUCCAUCCUCUUGCUCAUUUCUCUAUUUGCUUAUUCCGGUGCAACGUGUAUUUUUCACGUUUCAAACAUCUUCGGAUUUGGUAUUUUUACCGUGGGGAGCGAUGGAAAUUGUUACUUGCAACCAGGACAGAAACCAGAAUCAUGGAUUCCCAUCGCAUUCAUAAUGAUGGCAAUCUUUAGCUUGAUCAUUUUCGUACUAAUCGCGGUCAAAGUGUAUUCGUUGAGGUGUUGGAAUGAACUUGAGAAGAUGUGCUGGCGUUGCCUCUUCUUCGAUGACGGCAUCUCAUAUUUAGUGUUGAACGUUACAUUUCAGACGAUAAAUGUUGUCUUCAUCCUUGUAAAGACAAACUACAUAGAUAACUUUGUUAAUAUUGCACCAGCCCUCAUCAUUACUUCAAUCUGUUGCCAAAGAUUAACUGUCAUGAGCGCGAGUUCAAUCGUCAAUCGUUAUUCCACCUCUUCGCUUCUGGGUUAUUCAAUUAAAAAAAAGUCCAUAGAUAGCUCAAACAUCUCCACGCCAACACUGCUCCCCCAAUACAACGAAUAUAAUAGAUACACGAUUGAUAGCAUAUCAGGAGGAAUCUCUCGACAAUCAUCGACCUCACAAAAACAUCCACCACAGAUUCCCCAAAACAUCUCGUCAAGAAUCAGUCAAGACUUCACCGGUUCAUUAGUAACCAUCAUCAAUGGCUUUAGCAUCACAGAUAGCUUCAUGUUAAACGAUAAUUUACUGAAUUCUUUAAAUUCCCUUAGAAAUAGCUUAACAAGUUUUUUUGGUAGUAAUCAAUCUUCUGUAAAAAGUCACAAACUUUUAGAGGAGGGGGGUUACACACGGGAAAGUAAUCGGAAUUACAGUAGAGCGGAAGACGUGAACUCCUCUUCGCGUGUAAGCGUCAUCUCCAUACAAAAUAAGGAAAGGGACGACGAGUCCUACGAAUUGGUGUUGUCACCACCACAAAAUGUAUAUAGCCCCGAAGGUGAAGGAGGGAAAUUACGUCUUUCGGGACCUAGACCAAGAGCUGUUAUGCCCGAAAGCCAAAUUGAUAUAUAUUGCUUUUGGUAUAGUAAUGCGAACGAAGAUAAUUUAAAAGAAGAAGACGUGUUCUUGUUUCCUCCCAUACCACCGAAAGCUCAAAAUAUUAAUGAAAGAGGUGGUUCAAAGCUUCCUUCGCAAAAGAAUGAAACUUUUCAAUCAUAUCAUCGCGACGGCUUGACCGCAUAUAAAGAGAAUGAUUUCAAAAAAGCCCUUACACUUUUCAAUAAGGCAAUAACAUUAAAUCCAGGAAAUAUUCAAUUGCACGAUUGUCGCGCAGCAACAUGCGAAAAACUUGGUCAGCUGAAAGAGGCACGACAAGAUGCCGAGACCAUGCUGAGAUUAGACAAGUCGUCAGCAAAGGGCUAUCUCCGUGCUGGUAAAUUGUAUCGGCUGUUGAAUCUGCAUGAUAAAGCGCAGGAGAUUUAUAAACUUGGAAUAACAAACGUUCCAGAAGAUGAUCCUCUUUAUGAGGCAUUAUGCAGACUUAAGGAUGAACGGCACAAAAAACCGCAGAAGUCUAAUCCUACCAAAAUUUAUGACCCACUAAUGUUUUUCCCGAAUGAGCUCAACCAUGAAAUCUUCAUGAGUCUUCCUUUUGCGACUGUUUGUAAAGCAACCUUGGUCUCCAAACUUUGGCGCAAAUACAUCAUCUCGUCGGGGUUACUACAUCGUAGCCUUGAUUUCACCGUGAAACAAUCUGCUAAAAUCACGGACAAGAUUAUUCGAACUUAUAUCGACCGAGGAAAAUCAAAAAUUAAACAAGUGAUUUGUCCUUGUUCUCAAAAACUUACUGAUGCCACUCUAAAAUAUUUGAGAACUGUAUUCGGAAUUCGCCUUCAGAAAAUUGUAUUGACAUACAAUUCGUCAAUUACUAACGACGCCAUCGUUCCCUUUAUUCGCACAAUUGGCAGUCAUCUAAAACAUAUCAACCUUUCAGCUACAAAUAUUAUGAAUAAGGGAGUGGAAGUAAUACUGUCAAUUUGCUCUAGAUUAGAGUUUUUGGACCUGUCGCAUUGCAACCAUAUUACAGCUCAAGCAUUCAAUCCAGAGAAGAUACAAUGUCGAGCUUCUGGAAUUCGCGAAAUCAAUCUGAAUUAUUGUCGGAUGGCCGAAAUCGCCAUAUCUUUUAUGGUGACAUUGUUUCCAAAGCUCACGUGUCUCGGCGUUCGUCAAAUCAUUGGGUUAUCGACAGAGACGCUAAAAGAAUUCUCCAAAUUUCCGGAUCUAAAUUCUCUUUCCUUGGAGGGAAAUAUAAUCAAUAGGGAACCGCAGUCCAUGGAUAGGGCCUUCGUUUCACUUGCCCGUUCCAAUCUGCCACUCCAUGAAUUUUCAUUUGAGCAGUGUCCUUUGUUGACGGAUAACUGCGUUCGAUGUCUAGUAAUGUCUUUCAAUCUGGAAGUACUGGAACUUAACGGCGAUAAUCUCUUAACUGAUGAGACGAUGUAUAAUAUCGGUUUAUACUGUGAUCGAUUAAAGGUAUUGCGUGUCGGAAAAUCUCCUGGAAUAACCGACCACGGAGUUUCAUCAUUAUUCAACAACUCUGUUGGGGAACAUCCGUUAGAAAUAAUUGAUCUCCGGCAGAAUUCAAAUAUUUCGAAUAUUUCCUUGGAAAAAAUUGCCAACCACUGCUGUAAUCUAAGGGAGAUUAAUGUUCAAUGGUGCAGUGAAAUAACCGGGAGUGGUGUCGCUUAUUUGGUUAGGAAGUGUAAGAGAACGUUAAAAAAUCUUUACUUGGAAGCAUGCUCCAAUGUGUCGCCUGAUGCGGCCAACUAUGCUAAAGAGGAGAUUGGGCUCUACGGCGGAAGGGUGAGCUAUGGAUUUCGCUGA